AUGUUUUUGCAUUUGCAGGGUAUUGAAGGUGGAGCUAUUGGCUUUUCUGAAUAUGGAGGAGCGGGAGCCCCCCAAAGGAGAAUGGGUGGAUUUGGAGGAGGAAGCCACCAAGCUAUUAUUACAAACACUACCGUGGAAGUGAUUGUCCCACGCAAUGUUGUUCCUUGUAUAUACGGAGAGGAUGGUGGAUGUCUGAAACAAAUCCGUGAGAUUUCUGAUGCUCGGAUUACAAUAACCGAUCCAAAACCCGGAGAAAAAGAAACUCUCAUCAUAAUAUCCGGUACACCCGAGCAGGCUCAUGCCGCACAGAGUCUUAUUCAAGCUUUUGUGAUUAGCGAGACCCAAGUUUCAGUUUCUUGACCAUUCUUUUUUUUUUUCUUCAUAUUUUAGUACCCACCAAGGUUUGAAAUUCAGUUUUGUUUCUCAUUUUGUAUUUAUCAACUUCUCAAACU